GCUGCCAAUGCUGGAAGCCGCGCUGAGCCGCCCCUGUUCAAGCUUGAGAUGAACUGGAACCAAGAAGAGCUGGAGCAGUGGGCUAUAGCCGCAAGGCAGAAGGAGGAGGACGAGCUGACGCUCGAGAAAUACAGACGUGCUGAUGAUUCCAAGGAGACGAUGAUACGAUGUCGGGCAGAUGUCUUGGAUGCGAUUGUCUACAAUGCUGUACGAGUUGACAUGACUCAGAGGAGUGCCACGACUUCGACGCUUGGUCAGCUUCUGAUGUACCGCCUGCGAAUAUGUCCCUUUGGAAAGGUUACGGGGGAAAGAUGUGAGCUUCGUGAGGAUGCGCACUGCUGUCACAUCAAGCCUUCUGAUCCGGACUAUGGCCAGUUCAAGGGCAACGCAAGCCACAUGGUGCCCGGCUGGGUGGUCGUCGACUUAGACCUUCCGCCAGAGCAGCGCUGGGCUGCUGCCAUGAAGAACGCAGCGGAGCCCCUGAAGAAGAUGAUCACUCACUUCAAGUCCUUCGUGGGCGUGCUGUCCGAGGAACUCUUCAAGCUCAUCGAGGACUCACCGAAGUUCAAAAAGCUGGCCGAGCAGGUCUUGACGGACAUGGGCGAGUACGGCCUCGAGAUGCGCGGCAUUGCCAAUGCCACAGGCAUCUCCGAGGAGGAGAUUUUGUUCGUCAACAUGAUGUAUGAGAUUGAGGGAGGGUGCACCUCCAUCGUCGCCCAAGAUGCAGAUGGCCAUGUGGUACAUGGCAGGAAUUUGGACUUCGGGCUUUUUUUCGGCGAAGACUGGAAGCAUCUGCAGUGGACGCUGACAGAGGACCUGCGGCCCCUUCUUCGCAACGUCCACUUCGUGCGGGGAAAAACUUCGCUCUAUGACUCCACCGUCUUCCUGG